UUAGCUUUCGAAUAAACAUGCAUAGGAUCCGGCUGCAAAUCUCAGUUACAUUAACAGGAGUAGCGUCUGAAUAAACACGUUCGUUAGGAUCGUGCUAUAGUGCCGCAAUCCUACCUAUGCACGCUUACUUGGGGGCAUGGCGGCCCGCCCAUAACCAAACUUGUGGAUAAAGCUGGACAUAAGUAACUCUCGGUGUGAAAACCAGCUGAUGAUCAUGUAACUAGUUCUGGUAGAGCAGAAAAAUAAUCAGGUAUGAAUAAUGAUGAAGAAGAAAAAAUAAUAAUAGUACAAUUACUAAUAAUAUAGCAGCAGGAGGAUCUAGAAUUCAACUGGAAGGAGUUCUUUUUGAGAUUGAGAAGCAAAACCCAGAAGCCUGAGGUGCUUGGCUGCUUAGCGCUAAGAUUGACAGUACAACCGACCAAACCAAUAAGGAAACGUCAUCGCCAGCCCAGAGCCGCAGCGUGGCUGGCCCCGCCUUGCCCUCCAGAGCGCACGUGGCUCAAUUCCCAGCAGCUCCUGUCAUUCAGACGCUCCCUCCUCCCUCUGCUGCUCGCAAACAAGGCUGAGUGGGGCCUCUGCUGGGCGCAAUGUGAUGAACUAGAGCCAGGGUUUGUCCAAGGUAGCGGCGGCUUCUUCGGUUAGCAGCGCAGGUGGAGACGGUCUUGCAGUAGAGGGAAGUGGCUGCUGGGUCGCUGCCUUCGCGGAUCCCGGGCAUGAGCCCGGCCGGUGGCUGCCUUUGCUCGUGCGGUGCCUUGAGCCCGAAGAGGAUCGUCGUCGAGAGAGACGCGACCUUGCGAGCGGGGGCCCGGGGCGGGAGAUGCGCUUGUUCCCGGCGGCGCCUGGAGCAGCAUGUUCCCCGAUGCCGACACUGCUAACACCUCCUCCAGCAACAGCGGCGGCGGCGGCGGCGGCGGCGGGCAGCUCGAUUCGGCAGGCGCCGCCGUCAGCUCCAGCUCUCCUGGAGCGCAAAGUCCCGGAGGCGAGUCCUGCAAGAGCAGCCGCAGCAGCGUCCCAGCAGCAGCGGCCGAGGGCGACGGCGAAGAGGACGACGAAGAGGAGACGGCGGCGGCGGCGGAUCGUGGCUUGUCCCGCUCCAUGCUGGCCGCCGGACUGGGGCUCCUGCUGCUGGCGGCUUCCCUCUUCCAUCUGGGCCAGUGGCAGGAGCAGGGAGAGGUGCCGCCGGAGGCCAGGGGGCAGCUGUGUCUGGCCUUGUUCCUUCUCCGGCUCGUCUUCUACCUGGCUUGCGCAGCCAGCGCCUUCUUGCUCGGCACCCUGCUGGCUCUGUUCAGCCAAAGCCGCGGCCGCCUCCGGCCCCCGCCGGAUUUCCGAGCCGAGUGGAACCGCCGCUAUCCAGGCAGGGAAAAUGCCGCUCCAUUGUUGCAAGCUGCUGUGAAUCUUUUAUCUGGAAACACAAAUGAACUUGCCCAGUCUAGAAGAGUGAUGAUUUCUCAUAAUAUGGAUAAAGCUCUGAAAGAAGUGUUUGACUACAGCUAUAGAGAUUACAUUUUGUCCUGGUAUGGGCAUCUCAGCAGAGAUGAAGGGCAGCUGUACCACCUGCUAUCGGAAGACUUCUGGGAAGUUGCCAAGCAGCUGCGACAGAGGCUCAGUAACAUUGAUGUAGUUAAAGUCGUCUGCAGUGAUGUAGUGAAAGCUUUGUUCACCCACUUUUGUGACCUUAAAGCAGCUAAUUCCAGACUGGAAGAGCAGCCACGGCCAUUUUUACUGCAUCCGUGUUUGAGGGACUCUGAUGAAGAAGUAAGAUUCCUGCAAGCAUGUUCUCACAUUCUGGUAUAUUGUCUCCUGCCCUCAAAAGAUGCCCAGUCUCUUAGCUUGCGCAUAGUCCUUGCAGAAAUACUUGCAUCAAAAGUUCUGAAACCAAUGGUGGAAUUGCUGAGUGAUCCUGACUACAUCAACCAAAUGUUACUUGUCCAGAUGGAGUACAGAGAACAGGUGAAUGAGCAUCACAAGAGAGCCUACACAUACGCCCCUUCUUAUGAGGAGUUCAUCAAGCUCAUUAACAGCAGCUCUGAUGUUGAAUUCCUCAAGCAACUAAGGUAUCAGAUUGUAGUGGAAAUAGUUCAAGCAACCACUAUCAGCAGUUUUCCACAAAUGAAACGGCAAAAAGAGAGUAAAGGAAAAGAGAAUGCUGCAAUGAAGGCUGACCAUCUGCGAGCCAGAAACAUGAAGAGAUAUAUCAAUCACCUAACUGUAGCAAAAAAGCAGUGUGAAAAACGAAUCCGACUUUUGGGAGGUCCUGCUUAUGACCAGCAGGAAGAUGGCAUCUUUGAAGAUAGUGAUGGUCCUCAAAGCCAGAAGAUCCUUCAGUUUGAAGAUAUUUUGUGUAACCCAUCCUACAGAGAGCACUUUCGAAUAUACAUGGAAAGAAUGGAUAAGAGGGCUCUGAUCAGUUUCUGGGAGUCUGUGGAAUACUUAAAGAAUGCUAACAAGGCGGAAAUACCUCAACUUGUGAGUCAGAUCUAUCAGGAUUUCUUUGUGGAAAGCAGAGAAAUUCCUGUGGAAAAGUCACUGUACAAAGAGAUACAGCAGAGCCUUGUGGGCAACAAAGGCACUGAAGUGUUUUACAAAAUACAGACUGAUGUUUAUGAAACCCUGAAGGACAGGUACUACCCUUCAUUCAUUGUCAGUGAUUUAUAUGAAAGAUUGAUCAAGAAAGAAGAAGAGAAGAGGACUAUCCAGAUAACAUCUGAUUACAAAGAUGAAGUGAAUCAAGUUUGUGAAGAAGUUCUUGAUGACGGAAGCUCAGGAAUUAAUGAGCAGGCCAGUUAUGCUGUAAAUAGGUUACGCCAAUUAAAUGACAAGCUUGAAUAUAAGAGACAAGCUUUAAAUUCUCUCUGCAGUUCACCAAAACCUGACAAAAAGAUUGUUUCUAAACUCAAGGAUGAAAUCACUCUGAUGGAAAGAGAACACAAUGACCUUCAGGUGCACAUUGAAAGAACAGAUUGGUGGUGUGAGAAUUUUGGCAUGUGGAAAGCCUUAAUAAAUACUGGCGAGGUCAUAGAAGAAAAUGGCGAACAAGUGCCCUGUUAUUCUGUCAUGGUGAGUUUACAAGAGAUUGGCGGUGCAGAAGCUAAGGAAUGGAUAGUCCUCCGAAAGCUCAGUGAGUUUCAAAGCCUGCAUCGGAAACUCAGCGAGAAAUUGCUUUCUGAUGAAAGGCUCUGUCAAAGUGAAGCACUUUAUGCCUUUUUAAGCCCUUCCCCUGAACACCUCAAGGUUAUUGAUGUACAGGGAAAGAAAUCUUCUUUUUCGCUCUCUUCCUUUUUGGAGAGGCUUCCUGGUGAUUUCUUUUCCCAUCAAGAGGAAGAGGCUGAAGAGGAUGAUGAUCUGUCUGACUAUGGGGAUGAUGUGGAUGGGAAACGGGAUGCCCUUGCUGAGCCUUGCUUCAUGCUGAUAGGAGAGAUUUUUGAGCUGCGAGGAAUGUUUAAGUGGGUGAGGAAGACACUAAUUGCACUAGUUCAAGUCACUUUUGGAAGGACUAUCAACAAGCAAAUACGUGACACUGUAAAUUGGAUCUUCAGCGAAACAAUGCUUGUUUACUACAUUAAUGUAUUCCGAGAUGCUUUUUGGCCAAAUGGGAAAUUGUCAUCCAGCACAAAGCCCAGAAGUGAAGAGCAAAGCCAGGAGACAAAACAGAAAGCACAGCUAAAAUUACUUGAAAACAUUCCAGAUACUUUACAGAGUCUUGUUGGACAGCAAAAUGCACGACAUGGUGUAAUCAAAGUAUUCAAUGCACUUCAAGAAACCAAGGCCAAUAAGCAUCUUCUUUAUGUAUUGUUGGAAUUGCUGCUAACUGAACUGUGUCCUGAGUUGCGAACUCAUUUAGAGCAGCUUAAAGCAGCUCAGGUUUGAAUCUGCACAAGUGAAUUACUAGAGGAAUGUCUGUUUUAAUAAUAGACAUGAAAUUUAUUUCCCUCUUUUCCAUAGAGGGCCGACUGAAGAUGACUGAUCAUUUGUAGGAUUAUUUUUUCUUUUGAGCUUUACAUGAAGUAAAGACUACUUGAAAACUGAUGAUUAGAGUAGGUAGAAUGCCAGCACUGUGUAGUUUCUGGCUUUUAUUUAACUUGUUAUAUGAAUUACUCUGUUUAAGAUGCAGAUUGAACUGUAAAUGUUGUUAUAAGAUGUAAGAGCUAUAGACUAUUUUAAACAUUUAUGAAAGGUAUUUUGCUUUAGUGGUAUACCAAUGAAUGUUGUACAGUUAAUUUCUUGCUGAGGAUAAUGAACAGUCCUCUAUUUUCUUGUGUAUUGAAGAGCCUUGUUGUGCAAUAUAUGUAAAGAUAUUGUGUAAAUUUUAUUGGUUUUUAUUUUUACCAAAGAUUUCCCAUAGUUUGGAGCCUUUGUAAGCAAUAAAUAACAAAACUGGA